GGGCGGGGGAGAGGGACCAGGGAAGGCGUCGGGGGAAUCUCGCGAGGGUUGGAGUUUUGGCGAGAGUUUGUGGAAGAUGGCGCCUGUUGUGACAGGUCAUUGAAAUUAUGAGACUGUCAUUCAAAUGGAAGCAUUGUAGUUCCUCGGAACCAUUAUGAUCUCAAAAGGAAAAGAGAAUCAUACAGAUGCACUGGCUGAGGUGUUUUGAGGGGCAUCGAAGUGUUCCGGGCUGUGACUUACCUUAACAUGUUCUUGAAGUGCCAUGGCAUGGAUUAAAAGGUUUUUAAUUUGAAAAUUCUAAUGGAUUGGAGGAUAUGUGGGAACCUGAAUACUCUUUACAGAAAAUUUGGUGAGCGGCCUCCACCUAAACGACUUACUAGGGAAGCUAUGCGAAAUUAUUUAAAAGAGCGAGGGGAUCAAACAGUACUUAUUCUUCAUGCAAAAGUUGCACAGAAGUCAUAUGGGAAUGAAAAAAGGUUUUUUUGCCCACCUCCUUGUGUGUAUCUUAUGGGCAGUGGAUGGAAGAAAAAAAAAGAACAAAUGGAGCGGGAUGGUUGUUCUGAACAAGAGUCUCAACCGUGUGCAUUUAUUGGAAUAGGAAAUAGUGACCAAGAAAUGCAACAGCUGAACUUGGAAGGAAAGAACUAUUGCACAGCCAAAACAUUGUACAUAUCUGAUUCAGACAAGAGAAAGCAUUUCAUGUUGUCUGUAAAGAUGUUCUAUGGCAACAGUGAUGACAUUGGUGUGUUCCUCAGCAAGCGGAUAAAAGUCAUCUCCAAACCAUCCAAAAAGAAGCAGUCAUUGAAAAAUGCUGACUUAUGCAUUGCCUCUGGAACAAAGGUUGCUCUGUUUAAUCGACUCCGAUCCCAGACAGUCAGUACCAGAUACUUGCAUGUAGAAGGAGGUAAUUUCCAUGCCAGUUCUCAGCAGUGGGGAGCAUUUUACAUUCAUCUCUUGGAUGAUGAUGAGUCAGAAGGAGAAGAAUUCACGGUUCGGGAUGGCUAUAUCCACUAUGGACAGACAGUCAAACUCGUGUGCUCAGUCACUGGCAUGGCGCUCCCGCGACUGAUAAUUAGAAAAGUCGAUAAGCAGACUGCAUUACUGGAUGCCGACGAUCCUGUGUCACAACUCCAUAAAUGUGCAUUUUACCUUAAGGAUACAGAAAGAAUGUACUUGUGCCUUUCUCAAGAAAGAAUAAUCCAGUUUCAGGCCACUCCAUGCCCAAAGGAACCAAACAAAGAGAUGAUAAACGAUGGAGCCUCCUGGACAAUCAUCAGCACGGAUAAGGCGGAGUAUACGUUCUACGAGGGGAUGGGCCCCGUCCUCGCCCCCGUCACACCUGUGCCUGUUGUAGAAAGUCUUCAGUUGAAUGGCGGUGGGGACGUAGCAAUGCUUGAACUUACAGGACAGAAUUUCACUCCAAAUUUACGAGUGUGGUUUGGGGAUGUAGAAGCUGAAACUAUGUACAGAUGUGGAGAGAGUAUGCUCUGUGUGGUCCCAGACAUUUCUGCAUUCCGAGAAGGCUGGCGAUGGGUCCGGCAGCCAGUCCAGGUUCCAGUAACUUUGGUCCGAAAUGACGGGAUCAUUUAUUCCACGAGCCUUACCUUCACCUACACGCCAGAGCCAGGGCCUCGGCCGCACUGCAGUGCAGCGGGAGCGAUCCUUCGAGCCAACUCGAGCCAAGUGCCCCCUAAUGAGUCAAACACAAACAGCGAGGGGAGUUACACAAGUGUCAGCACAAAUUCAACCAAUGUCACAUCAUCUACAGCGACAGUGGUGUCCUAACCACCGUCUUGUUACUGGGACUUAAACUAACUUUGCAACAAAACGUUGACAGAAAAAGGAAGCAAAAGAGAGAAAAGUGAACAAUCUUUUGUGGUUUCUUGGGAAAACUUUUCAUACCAGGUGAUAUUAUUCAAAAACCCAUUACCUGCAAGUGCUGAUUUGAUGUGCGGAAGCCACAGUAAAACAAACAAAUCAACACAUAUAAACUAUUGGAAAUCAGUUUUUUUUCAGCUGUUAUUUUUGAUUGGUUUUCGUUUGGUUUUGUCUAAAUGGGCAAGAAAUAGAUGUGGCUGGAAUAAAAGUUAAACUAGAAGACACAAAUCUAACAUAGUUUUUAUGGACCAAGGAACUUGUGUAAGCUUUAGUAAAAGGUACAUUUUCACCAUACCUUUUUUGUAUCACCGUAUAUAGUGCACCUUUGUUACCAAAUAGGUCGCUCCUCGCCAGCGCCCGUGGAGCUUCUGCUCUCAAGUGCAUCAGGUUCCAAGCCUGGCUGCGCCCCUUCAGUCUCCUUACCGUGCUCUUCCCGGUUUUUUGGGGUUUUUUGGUCUAAGGCUGGAACUGGUCCGUUUUUUUUUUGUUUUUUUUUUUUAAUAGCUGAAGUCUUAUGACUUUUCAUGAGUUGAAAUCGUUUUGAUUUCAGCAAGUUAAAUCUUGUAAAGUCCUACAUAUUUUUUUAAGAUUAUAUGAAGUCUGUGCAAAAGCUUUAAAAAAAAUGCCUCUGCCUUGCCUGCAAUACAUGCAAUGUAUGUUAACUUAGUCUCUCUUCUCAGACAUUUGGCAAUUAUUUCCAUGUUUUCUUUUUAGAAACAUGUAUUUAUAGUGGUGAUCCAGGUGGCGCUAACAUUUACGUGGAAUUAAAUGUGGCCGUUUAGCCAUUAACGAGGUAGUGGCACAGAACACGUUGGUCUUUGAAGUCACCUCUCCCCUUUCCCCGCGCACAAAUGUGUCUCCGUGUUUCAGGAUUUGUUAAGGAUUUUUUCCCCUCCUAAUCUUGUACAUAACUUGUAUUAUGUGUAAGUUAAACAUUUUAUUUUGAACUUGUUAAUGUUCCCCGUGAUUUUAUUCAGUAGGGUGUUUUCUGCCUUGUUGGCAAAUGACAAAAGAAAAAUCAUAGAAGUAUUUGCUACCAGUUGGUAGAUGGUGCCCUUAUUGUAUAAUGAGGAAAAUGUCAGCAAAAGCAUGUAUUUACUUUUUUUUUUUUUUUUUUGGUAGCCUAGGCCAAGACGUCAUUGUAACCUUAAAACAAGAUGCUCUUAUUAGAUGGUCAACUAAAAUAGCUGGAAGACAGUACUUUAGAAGCAGAUAGUUGUGAGAUUAUAAAAAUGCAAAUGUAACUUAUCUUUCCAUUACUUUCUCUUCCUGGGGGGGGGUCUUCUUCAGUACUGAGCAUCUCCACAAAUGUCUCCUACUCAAAACAUUUCUUUGCCUUUCCUUUAAGACUUGGUUGCAUGCAGGGUUGUGUGUUGACCUUGCGUGCUCAGCUCCCCCCUUUUACAUGGCUUCCGUUUCUGCACUGUGGCGAUGCCUUUGUUCAGCUUCUUAGAAAUUGCAGCGGACUCACUGGACUACAGUUAGUGCAGGAACCGAGUGUGUGUGAUUCUGUUGCAGUUGUCCUUCUUAGAGGAAAAACUACCUCUAGAUCGUGGUAAGCUUUUCACUCUCCCAUAAAACAGGAGCCACAAGUACCUUAUGAAUGCAACGCUGUAAGUUCCUACAGCAUUUCCAUGCAGAACAUUGUCUUUCUGUAGUCCUGGGCUCUUUUGAAAAUUUCCAUUAGUAGACUUUCAACAUCAUUGUAGCAUUUUUUUCAGCUUUGCAGUCUUCAUCACUCAUCUUUUGCUCAGACUAUGUCAUUGUAAAUACAAUUCCUAACAUCCUUAAAGCAUUUUUUCCUCGGUUUUCAAGGGGGAAGUCAUUUGUAAAACAUGUUAGUGAUUAAAUCAAAGUUACUGUGGUUUCCUCUUAGUGCAGGCCUCUCAAGUACGCACAGGCUGCAUUAUACUACACACAGCCUUCUCUCCAAGUCUGCUCCAGGCACUGGCUCCUCUCUCGUAAACUAAUCCUGCCUCACACUUUAACUCUGUUUCAGUGAUCAAGGGCAGAAUUCAUCGUGGCCUUACCUUUCUUUGUUUUACUGUUUACUGGCUUUUUCUUAUAAACUUAUUUUUGAGUAGUAUUUAUUCUCUCUCUGUCGAGUCCGACAGCAGCCUUGACACAGUGCUGUCUGUUCAGAGGUGGAAAUGUUCCCAGUGCUGCUUGAUUUGUAACGGGCCGCAGGCCUCCUCCACUUCCAGGUUCAAGUCAACUGAUGAUGGAUGAGAUGCUUGUGAAAAACAAACUAUUCCUCACCCAGCUUCACAGCACAAAAGAAUUUUUCAAGUUUAUGGCUUUAUUAAGAUGAACUGCUUCUAUUAUUUAAAUAAUAUCUUAUUUUGGCUCUUUGUUUCUUGUAAUAAGAUAAUUGAAAUAUUAGACUGUAAACUCCUCCUGAUUGUUUUUCUGGAAAAUUCAAGAAUGUACUUAUAUAGUCAUUUCGCCCCCCUGCAAUUUUUUUUUUUUUUGGUUGGUUAUUCUACACACCACAAACUAAAGACUGAAAUAAUUUGUCGAUUGUAGGUUACUGUUAUUGGUUCUUUUGUCAGCUGCUUAAAAAAUCUUUUACAUGGAUUUGUAAAUCAUUUUUAGCCUAUAAUUUAUAGGAGCCUUGUCCUGUGUUUAUAGUAGACGGUCCCCGCCCCCCACACCCUUCUCCCCGUGGUGGCAUUAUCAGAGAUCCUGGUCAUUUUCCCUCACAAAGACUCUCUUACAGUGGUAACCGCUUCAAUUAAAGUACAGUACAUUUGAGCAGUUUUUUUCUUUUAAAUUCUGAUUUAGAAGCAUCUGCCGUGGGUCUGUGCAGUUUCUAAAGAUGUGCAUAGAGGCCAAGUCUGCGGUCCAUGGGGGUGGUGGUCGUCCCACUGUGUGGUCGUCCCACUGUGUGGGUCACACGGACCGGGCAGGCCAAACUGAGGGCUUCGAACAUAAAAUGCCCUUUCAUUUUGAGUGACUUCAGAGUGAACACUAGUGUGACGUUGAACCUGCUGCUGACUUUUCUUACACUGUGGCGACUGAAGGCAUCCUCAUUUGUAUAUUAAUUAGUGAAAUCUUCAUCACUCUUGCCACACAAGCGAUUGUCACUGGUUGUUUUUUUUGUCUAUUUUUCUUAGAAACUGGUACCAUCUGUGUCCUCACAGAAAAUUUCCAGUGCCCACUAUGGUUUUUGAGAACUAAACUAACUGGUCAUAUUUAACCAAAUAAUUCUUACGGGGAGGGGGGUCCCUUUUUGAAACAAAAUGCAAUUCAAUUAUUAACCAGGUUGCUUACUUUCAGUUUCAAAAGCAGCUGUUUCUGAUGAGUACUGAACAAAUACGUGUCAUUUUUGUUGCCAGACUUUUGACUCUGUUUUCAAGCACUGUAAUGUGGGCUGAAUGAGUAGAAACAAUAAUAUAUUAGGGUUUCUAUUUAACCCUUUCAGGACUGAACUGUUUCUCCUCUUAUUAAUUUUCCCUGUGUUGUGAUCAGUGUUUCCCAGCAUUCAGUACUGUGUUGGUCCACAUGUAGGUUUAUAUGCUCAUUUUUAGCUUAUUUCUUGUACCUUUCCGCAUGCUCUACACAUUCAGUCCUUAAGGGGGUUAUUUUACAAACUGUGCGCCUGUAAGGUUUGUUAGCAAUAAGAUAGAAAAUUGAGCAAGUUUAUACCAUAAUUUUGUAGAAAAAAAAAAGAAUCCGCUCGGUGCCGCCUUUCAUCCGUGAGAACCUGCAACGCGGACGGUUUCGAGGAGUAAAUAAAAAGGAAAUGUAAACCAUUGUAAAAGUCCUCUGUUGACUGUGCCCGAUGCAUGUAUUAUCAUCUUUGAUUUCAGAAUACUUCAUAAAGGUAAAAUUAAAUUCCACAUUCCAGUUUGUGUA